AUGGACACUCUUCAAGGACUCUGGAAUCCCGCGCACCUCGAAUCGCCAGAUCUCAAGUGUUGCCAGUGUGGAGAACCCAUCACACAAGACGAUACGCUGUCUAGAACCUUUGCUCUGCAACCGAAGGAACCCCUGCACACCAUUACUGCUGAAGACAGGCGACAUACAGCAGUGAUACAAAUCCCCUGGUUGUCCGAGACAAUCCUGCUUUUCGACAGACAUUUUAGAUGCCUCCUCUCAUCCAAGACAAGAUAUGUCACCGUCUCCCAUGUCUGGCACCCAGAGGUCUCCAAGCUACAGAACGAGUACGCCCAAGCACUUGCCCUCGGCAACCACUCCGAGGACGAGAUUGCUUCUGUGGCUCGUCCAGUGCUUGAAGUUCCUGCGCGCAUCUAUGCAGGCAUCCUGGACUCCUUGGGGCCGGGAGAAAAGCAGGGGCCACUCUUGGAAGUGUGGCAUGACUACGUCAGCGUGCCACAAUGGUGCCACGGGCGCAAAGGCCGCAUCAUCCAAGCCAUACCCGAGCUGUACAGCCACGCCUACUUCGUGGUGCCCUUCUUCUCGGACCUGGCGCCGUCCUCAGUCCAGGCGAUGCGCCAUGGCCCCUCCACCGAGGAGCGUGUCCGGGGGAUCGUCGACGUGUGCAACUCGAGGUGGUUCCGCCGCAUCUGGACGGCCAUGGAGUGCGUGCAGAGCAGCCAGCUGCGGCCGAUGCUGCAGGAUUACAAGCUGCUGGAAGGCUUCAGAGAAGGACUUCCAUUCUACGACGAGCCGGUCCUGCACUGGGAGGACGAGGUGAGGAAGACGAUCAGAGAGCACGUCGUGAGGCUUGCCGGGGUCGGCAGGAAUGUGCUGCCUCACAUGCUGGGGCCUCUGUCGCCAGUGCGCACCCGGCGUCUCCGCGGCUUGACGGUCCCGUUUGCGCACUGCUUUAUCCUCAUCUCGAGGAGGCAGGCCACGGUGCCGGUCGACUUUAUCCACGCCCUUCUUGGUCUCACUGGGCCGGUGGUGGAGUUCUCCGAGUUGCCGCACAACGACCUUCGCAAGUCCGUGUCCAUCAUAGCGAAAGCGCGCCUGCGUGCUGGAGACUUCAGCCCUUUAUUCUUGAUGCCGCGGAAAAGGGACGCUGAUGGGAUAAGGGAGACUGGAUUCGACGAGUUUGGAAUGUUUGGCUUGGGAAUGCAAGAGUCAAGUCCUACAUAUCCAGAAAUCAUUCUGUCCGGUCCUGGCGAGACAAUGGCGAGACUUGAAGCGGAAACACUCGGGACAGUGACGAUGGCUAAAAGACUCUGGAAGAAUACGGAUUUCGGGACUUUUCACGAGCUCGUUCGGCGGGUUCUCGACGUCACUGGUCCUGAUCCAGACGUGUUUGCAGAAACCGUCUGCUGUCGGUUCUUCGGCGACGACUUGAAACAAGCACGAGAGAGGUUGGGCAAAGAAAACCGCAGAUCGCAGCUACGAGUGCACCUAGAGGUCCUCUAUGAUGAGUAUCCAGGGGUGAGCAGGCGCAGGGCUACAGACUACAUUGCUCGGCUUCUCAUGCUGAAUGAAGCGCACAAAGGGAACAUUUCGCCAAACGCGAUGGAUUUUAUGAACGUGCAUGGCAAAGUAAUUCACAGCAGUGAUGAGAGGACCAUGGUUUGUGUGGACUGCUCCAUCUGCCGCCGUCGAUUUCUGGUGCAGGUUGGCUUGAUCCACCGCACUCCUAGCCUGCCUUCUCAACUCCGGGGCGCUGUGGCAUAUCGGGUGCCUGGUCUCAAGUACGCUCUCACACAUCACGGAGGGGCAGGAUGGCUUGUCAAGGAUAGCCGCAUUGUUGCACGCUUUCUCUGGGCUGCAUCCACGUGUGGCUGCCGCAAUAUUCAAGAUGUGGAGCUAUCAUUCCCUGAUGGUUGGCUUCCUGAGCCAUGGCAGAAUUUGUUUGAGUACGGGGUUAAUUAG